AUGUCUGGCUAUUUGUCUAUGCUAGGUUGGGCCUUUCUCCCAAAUCUUGCAACAGGAUGGCUCCAGUCCAUCUAUUAUGGCUUUACCAUUCGCGCCGGCGAUCCCAAGCCUGCCCCUGGCUCUGCCCGCUAUAACUCGCAUCGACGCACCAUACAUAUCCUCGUUGUCGCUGCCUACCUCUGCUACACAAUCUUCGAAGCGGACUAUGAACAGCGCCGUAUAUCCUCAUACUAUGCAGAUCUCGGAGUGUCACUCGAUGCUGCCGAUCGCGAGAUCAAGACGCGCUUCCGCCGCUUGGCUGCCAUGCACCACCCAGACAAAGCAGGCAAGGACGCUGGCGAUUCUGCUGUCUUUUUCAUGCACCUAAAGGUUGCUAGUGAUACGCUACAAGAUACCGCCAAAAGAUUUGCAUAUGAACGCUUCGGACCCGAGAUUGCGCGGUGGCAGAAAUGCGUUACUAUCAGAGAUUAUGUUACUCGUGGUGUUGUCUCCGGCAUCCUGCCUCACUACGUUGUGGCUGCCGCAACAAUUUACGUUCUAGGCUUAUUUGGCUACAUGGAGUUUGGUAAAUACUACCGGUGGCUAGUUCUGAUCGCCCUUUGCGUAUUCGAGCUCCAUGCCGUAACACGUCCCGACUUCCCACCUUUUGUCAAUGCCAUCAACGCCGUCCUCCUCCGAUUUACAUCAUCGCCACCAUAUCUACCUUUCCAGAUCAUCUCUCUCGCCCGGAGACUCACAAUUACUUUCUACAUUGCUCUGAACCAGAUAGGGCCUCUCAUUGCAUUCAUGAUCUCGGGGCCAGAAAAAUCCGAGGAGGACGACGAAAAGGCUAUGAGACACAGCCUACAUCGCCUUGAAAUGCUGACAAAACAACUUGACGGAGAUGCUGUACGACUAUUGGAUAUGGAAAUGGCUCCUUUUAAGGGCGACAAUGAUGCAACGUCCAAUCUACAGGGCAAGAUGAGGGAGUGGCUUGUACAGAACACGAUCAGAGCUGACCCUAUGGUUAGAGAUGCCAUGGGAACGUCACUGAGGAAGAGGAGAGUUGAUGCACCGGCAGGUGCAAAAGGUAACAGAUAG